UGUCUAGGGAAUCUACUCUACAAAUAGAUGAAGAAGAAUCAGAAGAAAUGCCCGAAUUACUAGCUUAUAAUACAGAAGUGUUCAGGGAAUAUGCUCUACAAAUAGAUGAAGAAGAAUCAGAAGAAAUGCCCAAUUUGCUAGCUUAUAAUAGUGAAGAGUAUAUCAAUGUCUGUCAUAACUUGCAUGAUGCAGCAGAGCCUCAGGAAGCCUUGAGCACCACCCCAAGACACGGGUCAGUUUCUUGUGAGCGAGUAGCUCUCCAAAGAACUAAUGGAGAAAAUGCUGAAGAGAUGCCCAAAUGGCCGCCAGGAGGUGAGGGAGUAUCCAAGGAAUUUGCUCUACAGGUAGAUGAAGAAGAAUCAGAAGAAAUGCCUGAGUUACUAGCUUAUAAUAGAGAAGUGGACAGCAAUGUCGAUAAUGACAUUCAUGAUGUGUCAGAGCCUCAGGAAACCUUGAACUCCUCACCAGGACAUGGGCCAGUUUCCUCUGAGCAAGUAGCUCUCCAAGAAACCAAUGAAGAAGAUGCCGAAGAGAUACCCAAAUGGCCACCAGGUUGUGAGGGAGUGUCUAGGGAAUUUGCUCUAGAAAUAGACAAAGAAGAAUUAGAAGCAAUGCUCAAGUUACUGGCUUAUAAUAGAGAAGAGGACAGCAAUGUCUGUCAUGACAAGUCUGAUAGAGAGGAGCUUCAGGAAACCUUGAGUUCCCCGCCAGAGCAUGGGCCAGUUUCUUCUGAGCAAGUAGCUCUCCAUGGAACUAAUGGAGAAGAUGCCGAAGAGAUACCCAAAGGGCCACCAUGUGGUGAGGGAGUGUCUAGAGAAUUUGCUUUACAAAUAGGUGAAGAAAAAUCAGAAGAAAUGCCUGAGUUACUAGUUUAUAAUAGAGAAGCUUCAGUUUCCUGUGAGCAAGUAGCUCUCCAACAAUCUAAUGGAGAAGAUGUUGACGAGAUACCCAAAUGGCCACCAGGUGAUGGGGAAGUAUCUGGUAAACUAGAAGAUCGCCAAAUGAAUAAAGAAGGACAAUCAACAGACCUUACUUCUAGGCUACUACACUGUGAAGGACCAGGAGCAGAGCAACCAGGAUUUGGAAAUGAGAAGUGUUCCUGUGUCAUGUGUUUCUCAAAAGAUGGGCCAGAAAGCCCAGAAGCAAGGAUAGAAAUUGGCCAAGUGUGUGGCACAACAGAUACAGUGGAUAUUGGAAGCAACUCUACUUUGGGAAAAGCGAGGAGAAAAAGAAGAAAAAAGAAGGGACAUUCCUGGACCAGAAUAAAAAGGAGAUGGCAGGAAAAAAUACAACAAAAAGAUCACAACCAAGCUGGUGACCAGAGGGUCUUGAGUAAAAGGAAGAAGAACAUGAAAAUGCAAGGCCGUGCCAAGAUUGCAGAUGGAGAGGAGAAAGUCAAUGCCCAUUUCAGACUUUCAGACACACUCCUGCUAGCCUUGGACUGCUCUCCUAAUUAUCAGGUGGUCUGGCUUGCCGAUUGUUUCUUCUUCAGCAUCAGCAAUGGUUCACUAGAUAAGAUUGACCAGUCAGACAAGGCCAUGCUAAGAAAGAAGAAAGCUUCAAGCAAGCACAGAGAUGAAACUGUAGAUUUUCAGGCUCUUUUACUUCCAGUGACCUGUGGUAAGGUGAAGGGAAUUUUACAUAAGAAGAAAUUGAAACGAGGGGUCUUGGUGAAGUCUAUACAGAGUGAGGAUGGAAAUUGGUUCACCCCCAAGGAAUUUGAAAUCAAAGGAGGCUACGCAAGAGCAAAGAAAUGGAGGCUGAGUUUACGCUGUGGCGGGUAUCCCCUACAAUGGCUGAUGGAGAAAAAAUUUCUACCUAAUCCUCCAAGAACAUACUGCAGGAAAAAUAAGUGGAGAAUAUGGACGUCUCACAGCAAUACCUUAGUCAACCCUUGUAAAAGAAACCUGGAUGAAUGUGAGGUGUGCCGGGAUGGAGGGACACUGUUCUGCUGUGACACUUGUCCGAGAGUCUUCCAUAAGGAAUGUCACAUCCCGGCUGUGGAAACUGGGAGGACCCCGUGGAGUUGCAUCUUCUGCAGGAUGAAGGAGUUUUCAGGAAGUCAACAGCAUCAUCGGGAGUCUGAGGUGCUGGAGAGGCAGAUGCAGCGUGAGGAGCAGUUGAAAUGUGAGUUCAUCCUCUUGAAAGUCUACUGCUGUUCGGAGAGCUCCUUUUUUGCCAAGAUUCCAUAUUAUUAUUAUAUUGGAGAGGCUUGUCAAGGCCUGAAGGAACACAUGUGGUUGGAUAAGAUCAAGAAAAAACUGGAUGAACAGGGCUACACCCAAGUGGAGAGGUUUGUGCGGGACAUGCGCCUCAUCUUCCAGAAUCACAGGGCAUCAUACAAGUCCAAUGAUUUUGGCCAAAUGGGACUUAGACUGGAGGCUGAAUUUGAGAAAAAUUUUAAGGAAGUGUUUGCUAUUCAGGAAACAAAUGGGAACAGUUGAGUGGUUUGGUGGAUACUGAAGGAGUUCAGCAAAU